AACAACAGCAGGAUCAAUGGGGUGAUUGGGGCGAUGGUUGGGCCGACACAGCCGAAGACAACGGAUACUACGGUGAAGAGGAUGAUGGAUGGGGUCGUCGACCGGCAGCAGUUGUGGAGAAUUUUACUGUCAACGCUUUUCCACCAAACCAGCUCGGACUAUCAACAUACAACAUGCCUUCGAAGACGCUUGCUUAUGCUUAUCAAGGCACCAAUACAUCUAUUCACAGUGGGCCGCCCGCGCGCAAUGUAAUGCAAGAUUAUGCCGAUGUUCGUUUCAUUGAAUCCAAAGGGAUUGCACUGGAGGCUGCACAGCGUGCAUUGUACAGCAAGUCUCGCCUGGCAAAGGACAGAUUCCAUUGGAUGUUCCCGCCAGACAAAGAUGAACGUGUUGCAACUUUACUGGCUUGGAUACAGUCAGUGUCUUACGGUUUAGGUUCUUAUGGCUUGCACAAAUUUCUGCAGAGCCGUGAACGCGGAGCUCUGGUAGUAAACGCGGACUACCGGCCAGCGAAAUCACCAAACGAGCCUGCCUUUGACUGGCUGACUUUUGAUGACUUGCAGCCGACGAUGGAUCGCAUUCUACAGGAAUCAGUGGCAUUCUAUGACCCAUCUGUCCAGGUCGUCGUUUUCGUAUUGCUCCCUUCGAAAACUGGCAAUAGCUUGGCUAUUUGGAGACGCAAGAUAAUGGUGCCCAACAACCUCCGGUUGGCUUAUCAAUCCCAGAUUACACAGGCCUUAGCCGCAUUGCGAAAAGAUUACAUCGUACAUGUUGAUGAGUUACCUGAGAAAGAAGAGGCCAAUAGUUCUGCACCCUCGGAUUUUCCAAAGAAAAAACGCAAAUGGUGGAAAUUUUGGUGAAGGAGAGUGGCAGUUUUUUGUGGUGUAUGAUUACUGUUGCAGUUGCCUCCUCUUUGUACUCACACGUAGUAGACAUUCAUCUGGAAGAUCCCGAUGAUGUUAUCACAGGAUUGUAAGACUUGUAUUACUAAUAACCCCCGAGCAGCUUUAGCCAUGUAUACCUUGAACUCCCCGCUUAACUUCGUCCAUGACUGGUACCGC